UCUAUCAAAGAAUGAUAGUAAUUAGUCAUCAAACGAAAUAAAAAGUAACUUUUUCUUGACAUUCUAGCCCUACACGGAAAAGCAAUUCACCCUUCCGAUAAUCAACACAAAUGUAAACAAACAUCUCCCUUACGAGUGGUCGGAAUGCGCAGAAAUCACGAAAGUGUCUCUGCGCAACUAGUCGUACGUUUAGCAUUUUUACCAUGUUUCAACUAAACGUCCGACGUCGUACGGGUAGACACAGCCCAAAGCUAUCAGCUAUUCGUUAUCGAUGGGGAAAGGACAGUCUGGGCCAUCCGAAAAAGCGGCGACCUUUCCCUGCUACGUUUCCUCCAGAAAGAUCAUUUUCGACCUCUGCUUAACUCGUGGCUAAAAGAUUAGGCUAGUGGAGUGAGUAAUGUCUUACAUUUAGUCAGCUAUGGUUCCAUUUUCGUGUUGCUGUGUGGUUAUGUUUUGAAACAGUGGAGUAUAUUUCAUAAUCGGAGUAAUAUAUAUUAGCUGUGAUCAGCAAAGAUAAUUUUAAAAAAUUUUAUUAUUCAUCAGUUAAUCAAAGGAUUAACUCUAUUCGUGGAAGAUUCCAGAUGUGGUGAUUUUACGUCUUAAUUUUAAUGAAAUAAUGUGUGUUGUCUGUUGUUUUGUAAACUUGCUGCGUAUUUGUAUGAAGAAUGUAAUUUUUGUAGAGUCAGAGGAAUUGUUUACGUAUUAAAUACGGUAAAACAUUUUUAUAGAAUUUAUUGAACGUUUCCAUGAUAGCGUAUAUAUCUUACCUGCAAUAAAUUGAAGGAAAUUAUGUAAAAAAAUUUAUGAAUUGUAGUUCCCAUCUUCAGACACUACCCUACUUGUAAAUAGAAAUCAGUGUCUCGUUGUGUUAAAUGCAUCGAUAAAGAAGCAAUGGUGGUGUUCUGUAUUAUAUAUAAUAUCUGUAUUUAGUCGAAUAGAGGAAAAUAGAAUCUGUCUAAGGAUUGGUAAUCUCAAAUAAAGAACAUUAAUAUUUUCAUUUUAUUAACAGACGUGAAUUAUGGAUACUCCAGCAGUUCCCACAGUUGAGAGACCUUUUGUGUGCAUGACAUGCAACAGGGCAUUUUUGAAAAAGGGAGCAUUGCAGAUUCACAUGUAUACCCAUACAAGUGAAAAACCUUAUGUUUGUGACAUAUGUAAAAAAUCCUAUGUGUACAAGUAUCAGUUAAAAGAUCAUAUGUGUAAGCAUACUGGUGAAAAGCCUCAUGUGUGCACCUCAUGUGGCAAAUCAUUUGACCAGAAGGAAAAAUUAAAAGUGCAUAUGCUAGUACAUAGUGGUGAGAUAUUCCCCUGUAAUAUAUGUAACAAAUCAUUUCUGAAAAAGAUUUCUUUGCAAAAGCACAUGUGCACACAUACUGGUGACAAGCCACAUGUUUGUCAUAUAUGCAACAAGUCUUAUCUGUACAAGACAUCAUUACAAAAGCACAUUUAUUUGCACACAGGUGAAAAGCCUCAUGCAUGUUAUAUGUGUGACAAGUCUUUUGCGCAUAAACAUCAGCUAAAAAUACAUAUGUAUAACCAUUCUGGUCUUAAGCCACAUGUUUGUGUUAUAUGUAACAAAUCAUUUCCGUAUGUGUACAAGCUGCAUCGUCAUCUCCGUGUGCAUACUGGUGAAAAGCCAUACGUCUGCAACAUCUGCAACAAGUCCUUUUCGGAAAAGCAUAUUUUAAAGGAUCAUCUGGGUACUCAUUUAAUUGACAAACACCAUGCUUGCCAUAUAUGUGGUAAGACAUUUAUAAGAAAAUAUAACUUAAAGCUACAUAUGUGUACACAUACUGGUGAGCGACCCCACGCAUGUAGCAUUUGCAAUAAGUCAUUUCUGCAGAAGUCCAGAUUGUUGAGACAUAUGAAUACGCAUAUGCCUAAUCAACCUCGUGUACAACCUGAAGUUGUUGAGAAAUCUCAUAUAUGUUCCAUUUGCAAUAAAGCAUACGCAAAGAGGCGUCAGUUGCGAGUGCAUAUGUGUACCCAUGCUACCAGAAAAUACGUGUGUAAUGUAUGUAGCAAGUCAUUCGUCUUUAUGGACAGAUUAGUUCGUCACAUGCGUAUCCAUACGGGAGAGAAGCCGUAUGGCUGCGAAGUAUGCGACAAGUCUUUUGCCCGAAAAGAUACUUUGCAGAUGCACAUGCGUGAACACAUGGGUGAUAAAUGUCAUGUUUGUAAAAUAUGUAAAGAGUCAUUUGCACAAAAAAAUGAGUUAGACGAACAUAUGCAUAGUCACCCCUUAGAAAGUGAACCUAUGAAUGAUAGACUUCAUAUUUGUACUGUAUGUUGUGAGUCAUUUGCACAGGAAAAUGAGCUAAAGAAGCAUAUGCAUUGUCAUCCAUUAGAAAAUGAAUACAUGAAUGGUAAAUGUAAUGUCUGUGCAAUAUGUGGUGAGUCAUUUAUGCAGGAGAGGGAAUUAGAAGAGCAUAUGCAUUGUCAUCCAUUAGAAAGUCAACUAAUAGGUGAUAAAUGUCACAUUUGUAUGAUAUGUAGUGAAAUGUUUGAACAUCAGAGUGAAUUAGAGGAGCAUAUGCAUUGUCACCCAUUAGAAAGUGAACCCACGAGUAAUGAGUGUCUUGUUUGUGAACUAUGUAAUGAGUCUUUUGCGCAGGAAGAUGAGUUAGAGGAACAUAUGCAUUGUCACCCAUUAGAAAGUGAAGACACAGAUGAUGGGUAUUAUGUUUGCCAGAUAUGCUGCGAGUCCUUUGCACUGGAAAGUGAAUUAAAGGAACAUAUGCAUUGCCAUCCAUUAGGAGGUGAACAUACGAGUAAUGAAAAUCAUGUGUGUCCGAUAUGUAACGAGUCAUUUGUACAGAAGAACGAAUUAGAAGAACACAUGCAUUGUCACCCAGUAGAAUUAGUGUGAGACAUUUGUACAAAAUGUACAUAUGCAAAAGCAAAACAGAGUAUAUUCGCAUUAUGAAAGAUAGUAUUUAUGUCCUUAGAAAUUUUCUGAAAUUGCUGUACUAUCUUUUGAAAAAUGUUUCAAUUUCAAACAGUACUUAUGUAUAGCAGAAAUUUUGAAAUUUUUUAUCAACCUUCAAAAAGAAAAAACUGUGACUUAAUAUUAGUCUAUAUUAAGCAAUUGCUCUCAGAUUAAUGAUAGAUUUUAGUUCUACAAAACAUGCAAGUGAGAAUGAUUCCAUUUCUGGCAUUUAGUAAGUUUUAUGUAAUUUAUUGCACAAAAUAAUAGAACUGAGACACUGUCUGUUAGAGUAGUGUAUUUAUUUUAAUUUAUUUUUGUUAAUUGUAUAAUAGUAACUUUAUUACUAAUUUAUAUACAGUUUCUUAUGGUUUUAAAUGGCCCUGGUAUGUUUAGGCAUUUUAUGCAUGUUUUAAAGUAUUUAUGAAAUAAUAUUUUACUAACUUUAAAAUUGGUGUUUGAAGUUUAUUUAUUACUGAUUUUACUUUAUUUAUUACUGUGCUGGUUCGUAUGGAUUUUUUUAGUAUUAAUAAAUAUUUCAAGACCAGCCUCAUUAGUGCUAAUGGUCAAAUUUUGCUUAAAUUCAUUUAUUUCAUGUAGAUGUGAGCAGCAGUAUUCUGAACUUGUAUUUUUCAGAAUACAUAUAAUGCAAUGUUUAGUAUUAUUUCAUUUCCUAUAUUAUACUUAAAAAGUGUAUGUUCAUAAUUGAAAUAUUCUUUGCACAUUAAUAGGGAAAUAGAGAUAUUUAAAUUGUUAGCUAGAUGCAAAUGAUACAUUACAAUUGUGGUUUAUAUGCCUUUAUUAUAAUUAAUAUUGAAAAAAAUUAAGGUUGAUCUUUGGAUUAUGGUAACUUGGCGAUUUUUUGGCGAAAAUUUGGCGACCAACUCUGCUACAGCAACCCUCUAUU